CCAAUUAAGACAUUAUAAAUGUUGGAGGGAACAGAAGUGCUUGUAGAAUGGAGACGACGGGGUUAUUCAAAUCCUCCAUGAGAUUUUUCUCCGAUCAAGAGCUCUGCUACGCCGAUAUCCUCACUCCUCAAGAGGCCCUUGCGAGAAUUCAAGUUGCGGUCCUCAAUUUCCUCAGAAUUCUCAGUUCCUCUACUCCUGCCAUCUCAAAUCUUCCUCUGAUUGAUCGAAGUUCGAACAACAGCCGAGUUAAUCAAGGAAUUUUAACCGAUGAAUCUUGGAUUUUCCUUUCGCACUCCUUUUCUACGCGGUCUUUGAUGAGAGCCAAUGCUGCUAAGGCCUUUGUUAGAGUAUGGAAGCUGAUGGAGAUGUGUUCUCAGAUCUUGCUUCAGGAAAAGCGAGUGACGCAGAGGGAGCUCUUCUACAAGCUGCUCUGUGAUUCACCUGCUUAUUUCCCCACUCAGUUGCAUGUCAAUAGAACAAUUCAAGAUGUUGUAACAUUACUUCGAUGCAGCCGUUUCAGCCUUGGAGUUAUGGCAUCUAGCAGGGGACUUGUCGCCGGCCGUCUUUUGCUUCAGGAGCCAGAACAAGAAACUGUGGACUGCGCUGCCUGUGGUUCUUCUGGAUAUGCCAUUUCUGGUGACUUGGACCUGCUGCAGAAGUUGACUCUGAAGACUGACGCUCGGUAUGUAAUUGUCAUCGAAAAGCAUGCCAUCUUCCAGCGGCUGGUGGAGGAUCGAGUUUUCAAUCACAUUCCCAGUAUUCUUAUCACUGCCAAAGGAUAUCCAGACAUAGCAACAAGGUAUUUUCUUCACAGAAUCAGCAAAACGUUUCCCCACCUGCCAAUUUUCGGCCUUGUUGAUUGGAACCCUGCUGGGUUGGCUAUAUUAUGUACCUUCAAGUAUGGAAGUAUCGGGAUGGGCUUAGAGGCAUACAGAUACGCUUGCAAUGUAAAAUGGUUAGGCAUGCGAGGAGACGAUGUACAACUUAUACCACAAGAAUCUUUGGUUUCACUCAAGCCCCGGGACCUACAAAUUGCCAAAAGCUUGAUGUCCUCGGAAAUAUUACAGGAGAAUUAUCGAGAAGAGCUGACCUUAAUGGUUGAGGGAGGGCAAAAGGCCGAACUUGAAGCUUUGUACCACAAUGGAUUUGAUUACUUGCAGAAGUACAUAGUUAAAAAGAUUAUUCAAUUUAAUUACAUCUGACAUUAUUUUGAAUCUACAGAAGUAGAUAAAAGGCUGUUGGGAUACUUUCCAAGAAGCAAACGAAAUUUAAUUGUAA